UGGAAAGUGAUGAAAGUAUUUUGAUUAUUAUGGAAGGAUUUUAGAACUAAUGGUGUGUCUCAAUGUGAUUUUGCUAAUUUAAAUAACAGCUUUCUUCGAACGCUAGUUAAAAUCAUGGAAAACUUUACUACUCAGAGAUUCGAUGGUAAGAUCGAAGGAUUUGAUUCUUGUAUGAUCGAUGGAGCGGGUCAACAACAAGACAUUACACAAAAUGUCAAUAGUGAAGCGAAUGCUCAAGACGUUAAUGCAAUUGAAAAUGAAGAAAAUCACGAAGUCUCAUCUAUGCAGACUCCAACGCUACCCCAGCAAAAUAAUCAGAUGUCUCAGAUAAUGCAACCAAAUAUUCAAAAUAAUGUAACUUUAACUCCUGUUCGGUUGCCAGCUAUUUUAGAUGGUGAAUUCUUUAGCGUUAUGAGAUUAGAGGAUACAAAUGUUACAGCGCGCUGUUUACAAUGUCAUAAGCUUCUUAAUGGAAAUCUCAAGUCAACUGGAAACUUUCUUAGUCACAUAAAGAGGGUUCAUCCAUUUUUAAUAGAGAAAAUUAAAUGUAAAUCAAAUCAGAGGAGGCCAGCAGCAAUAUAUAUUGACCUAUCGCAAGACAAAUGUCCAGAACUUAUAAGAACAAAGAAUCGACUGAAAAAAUUUCCCAAAACAGAAGAGUGUCAAUCUGCCAAUGAAGAAUCUUUUGAACAAACAGAAUGGACGGAACCUGCAAGUUACAGGAAAAGAAGAUCGGAGGAGCUCGAUGCUAGCGAAAUGUUAAGAGUAUCCCAUAAUAAUUCUAUUAUUGUAGAAGAUGAGUUUGAUGCAAUUGGAAGAAAUGUCGCUGCCAAACUUCGGCAUAUGAGAUUAGAACAACGAAUAAUUGCCGAGAAAUUACUGAACGAUAUUUUAUUUGAGGCACAGUUAGGUAAUCUUCAUAGAGAUUCCAGUAUACAUGUUUGAAAAUGUAUAAUACUUUAAGUGUACAAGA